AUGUCAGAGAAUGAUGUGGAGAAGAAAGUAGCGGAUAGAUAUCUAAAGCGAGAGAUUCUUGGUGAAGGUACAUAUGGUGUUGUCUACAAAGCCAUCGAUACUAAGACAGGACAGACAGUUGCAAUCAAGAAAAUUCGGCUCGGAAAACAAAAGGAAGGAGUUAAUUUUACGGCACUUAGAGAGAUUAAACUGCUUAAGGAGAUUAGAGACCCAAAUAUAAUUGAGUUGAUCGAUGCGUUCCCUCACAAAGGGAACUUGCAUCUUGUGUUUGAGUUCAUGGAGACUGAUCUUGAAGCGGUUAUUCGGGACCCAAAUAUAUUCCUUUCACCAGGGGAUAUAAAAUCAUACUUUCAGAUGACAUUGAAAGGACUAGCUGUUUGCCAUAAGAAAUGGGUUUUGCAUAGGGAUAUGAAGCCGAAUAACUUGUUGAUAGGAUCUAAUGGGCAGCUCAAACUUGCAGAUUUUGGUUUAGCGCGCCUGUUUGGAAGUCCGGGUCGCAAGUUCACACACCAAGUCUUUGCUCGAUGGUAUAGAGCACCUGAACUUUUGUUUGGUGCCAAGCAGUAUGGUGCUGGUGUUGAUGUAUGGGCUGCAGGUUGUAUAUUUGCUGAGCUACUUAACCGCAGACCAUUCCUACAGGGGGAUAGUGACAUUGAUCAACUAGGAAAGAUCUUUCAGAAGUUGGGGACUCCAACUCAUUCACAGUGGCCUGAUUUGGAAUGGCUUCCUGAUUUUGUAGAAUAUUCAUCUCAGAUUGCUCAACCUUGGCGAAAACUGUGCCCAACGGCUAGUGAUGAUGCCUUAGAUCUGUUGUCUAAGAUGUUUACAUAUGACCCAAGAGUUAGAAUUUCAGUGCAACAGGCAUUGGAGCACAGGUACUUUACAUCUGUACCUCUGCCCACAGAUCCGGCUAAGCUCCCCAGGCCAGCUCCUAAAAGAGAAUCGCACAAUCCUAGGACUUCAAAUUUACAUGAGGGUCCUACUGUCUUGUCUCCAAAAAGGAAGGCAAGAAGAGUGAUGCCAGAUCGUGAAGGCUUUGAUGGAAAUGCAUUCCAAGUUGAUAAGAUUGAUGAACGUGGUGGUGAGAUCAGAUGGGCAGCUGGGGAUAACACAGGCAGGAAUGAACAGGUGCCGAUGUCAGUAGAUUUUUCUGUUUUUGGAUCAAAACCAAUGAGCAGACCAACAAUUAACAGUGCUGACAGAUCUCAUCUAAAGAGGAAACUAGAUCUUGAAUUCCAGCAUCCUGAAUAA